AUGACUCCGGGGUCUGCGGCGCUGGUCGAUAGCGUGGCCGUGGUACUGGUAAAUGAUACUGCCGGACUGCUGCUCGGCUGGACGACUGAACUGCUGCUCGAUUACGCAACCGAACUGGAGCUUGGGGCAGGCGGAGCAGUGGACGUUCCUGUAGAAUUGGACGCUGCGUUCUGGCUGGAGCCUGAGGCAGAGCUUGGACUAGCAGCAUUCGAGGCGACAGCGCCAAGUGUAGUCGUUGCAACGGUCGUAGAUAUCACUGUCGUGGUAGCUGUCGUGCUGGUGGAUAGAGAAGACACGGAUGUCGUGACUGCUCCGGAGGAAGAGCUCGUCGUCUGCUGGGCUACGACGGACGAGAAGCUUGUUGAAGGCGAGAUGGCCGCUGGAGCCGACGCACUCGCUGAAGAUGACGAAGCCAUGAGCGACAAAGAGAGCGAUGAAGACGGUACGUUCGCUGGAGACGAUACGCUGGCUGAAGAAGAUACACUCGCUGAAGACGAUACGCUCGCCGAAGACGAUGCGCUCGGUGUAGACGACGAAGCCAUGAGAGACGAGAAGACCGAUGAAGAGGUUGACAAUGAGGUCGUGGAGGUCGUCGCGGAGGAGGAGGAGGAGGAGGAGAAGAGGGUGGAUGCUAGAGUGCCGCCGGACGAAAGACUCGAGGAUGAGGGGGCCUGCGACGCAACGCUCAAUAUGGAAGAGCUUAUGGCUGAAGCACCUGAUGUGGAGGAGGGGCCUGAUGAGGGGGAGGCAUCUGAUGAGGAGGAGGAGCGCAACGAGGCCAGGCUGGUGUUGAGGGUAGUUGAUGGGGCCAAAGAUGAAGAGCUUGCCGAGGCGAGGGACGAGCUUGCUCCUCCGGACGCGACCGACGAGCUUGACACGGAAUUUGAACUGGUUGAGGGCUGGCUCUGCGCUAAGCUUAACGUUGUGCUUAGAGGCGAGCUUGCUACUGGAGCGAAAGAUGUGGUAGCGGUUAGGGACGAGGACGGUGUUGAUAAGCUGGUAUUGAGGCUUGCGGACGGGCUCGGCGAGGAAGUGCUCAAAAUAGAGCUUGUCGUGCUGCUUGAGGACAAGCUCAAUGGGGCCAGGCUGGUGGUAAAGCUUGCGGACGAUGCAGUUGUCGAGGCACUCCCUGGGGUGAUCGUAGACUGCGAGACGGGCACAGUCUGGGACGUCAUCGCCUGUGUUCCCGCCGAUAUUUCAAUCGCAGGCGCGUUUGAUAGGGAAGAGGUCGCCAAAGUGGAAGAGCUAAAGAAUCCCACGGGAGACGCCGAAGUUAUGGUUGUCCCACUGGAGGUCGAGGCAUCCUGUACUGUUGUCCCACUGGAGGGCGAGACACUUUGUGGUGUUGUGCCGGUGGAAGACGAGACGCUGUGUAUCGUUGUGCCAGCGGACGGGGAGACGCUCGGUAUCGUGGUGUCAGCGCUCUGUAUUGUUGUGCCAGUGGACGGCAACGGGUUGGAUGCAGCGCUCGGACUUGCAGACGACGUUACUGCUGAGGACACAGCGCUCGAAAGAGAAGAGUUCGAGCUAGCCAAAAUAGAGCUGGGAGCUGACAAGCUUGAUAUAGCCGCCGGAGACGAGCUUGACUUGAUUGCCGUGGACGGGGAGGAAGCCGACGCCGAAGAUGAACUUGCAAUGACCGGAUUUGACGUUAACGAUGAGAGGAUAGACGACGAAGUCAAAGACGUGGCGGAAAGAGUUGUCGAUGGACCGACGGGAGAAGUUGUGCUUGUCCGCGAUAAAGAAGUAGUCGAAAUGCUGGAGGCGCUCAUCGUGGACAACAGAGCGGAUGUUCUCGAGCUUGUGCCGGUACCGCUGGUUUCAUCGUUCAAGAAUGUGAAACCAUCACCAUUGGCAAUGCCAUCAACCAGACUCGACAGAAGGCCGGUAGUAAUAGAAGAUCGAGUCGUCGUGGCACUUGAUAAGCUCGUGGUGGUGCCAGUAGAUGAGUUCAAAGCGGAAGCGAGGCUUGCCGAAGUUGAGGUGCUGGUAAUGGAAGAGCUACCGACACCUGAUGCCGAAGAACUGCUGGUAAUUGGCGCGGAAGAGCUACUCACAACUGGCGCGGAAGAGCUGCCGACAACUGGCGCAGAAGAGCUCAAGGCUGUCACCGUCAACGAGCUUGAGUUUAUCUGGACUCCAAUUGACGAUGAUGCCUCGAUUGAGCUUCCGCUUGGGCGACACUUGAGUAUUGACGCCUCAGCAUCAGAGGAGAAUCCCACAUCCAAGGAAAUGCUUGCGAUGCGGCACUCGUAUCCAGGACAGCAGCCAGGCUGGAACAUGCCGGCUGAUGAAGAGGAGGAUAUCGAGCUAAGCGAAGACAUGGUCGUCGAAGCAAGCGGCGAAGUGACCGUGGAGCUGCCAGCGCUUUCAAGGCUACUGGUGGAUGUGCUGACGGAAGAGCCCAAAGCCAACGCACUCGAUUGUGAUAUAGUCGUCGUAAUACCAAGUGACACUGAUGCACUGGCCAAAGAAGAAGACACCGUCGUGGUCAAGAAAACCUGGCUGAUAACGGUGGACUGA